AUGGUGCUGCGCCAAUCGACGCGUGACGAUGAGGCAUUUCAUUCGCGCUAUGACGAAGAAACCGAAGAAGAAGAAGAGGAAGAAGAAGAAGAAGAAGAAGAAGAAGAAGAAGAAGAAGAUUUCGUUUUAGUCGGAUAUCGACCAACGAGAGGAAAAGGAAAAUCUUCGUCGUUGGUUUUUGAACAAGAAAAAGAAGAAGAAGAAGAAGAAGGCACAGCAGAACACUCAUCGACUCCAAUCAGGAAAAGAGGAGGUUCAGUCGUGCUAUCGGCACCGAGCAUUGACGAUGAUUUUGACCUCGAGCUUUCCAAGUUUAAACGACUCGUCGAAACGAUAUCGCCAACGCCAGGAAUCGAUGCGUUGCGAGAAGAAUUCGAAAAAAAUACAUCCUUGCAAGCGGUUGAAAACGCAAAAAUAGAAACAGAGGAAAGGGCGCGCUUGCGGAAAAGUCGAGUGCAACUCGCCGCGCAACGUCGCAUGCAACGCUUAGAGGAAGAGUUACGGUUGACUCUAGUCGAAGAAUCAGCCUCUCGCGACGGUGCAAUGCUGAAAAUAGCAUCGUUUCAAAACGCGCUCUCGCUGCGAGACGUUUCAGAUGCGAGCGUCACGAAUAAAGCGACCGAAGCUCGAUUGAAUCGCGUCGAAAAGGAACGCAAAGAGAAUCUCGAAAAUAUUUCACAAUUAGUACAGGAUGCGAAAACCAUGGCGCAGAAACAGCGCGAGGAAAAGGAGAAGCAGAAAAAAAUUGAAGCCGAGAAGAAACUCGAAGAAGAGAAACGCGACAAGGAGAUUCAAAAACAAAAAGAGAAAAUGAAACAGGAGGAAGAGGCGCGAGCGUUGGCAGAAGCAAAGCAGCGAGAAGCUGAGAAAAUCCCCGCGGUAUACGUCACUGCAGAAGCUUUAGAAGCGGAAAAGAGAUCGCUUCAAGUACUGCACGCGGCUCGCGAACGCGUCGCCGCGUAUUCAGCCUCUCCAGAGGCAAAAAGAGAACGACGCACAAUUAUUCAACGUUUGACCAUACACGUUCAGCAAGUGGCGUGUACGAAAGACCAAGUCGUGAAGAAAGCGGACGAUAUCAUCCGUGAGUUCUUAACGCCGGCAACACCUGAGCACAUUCGGACGUACGCGAUGAUUACGCUCUCCAAGAAAAUUUUAGCCCAGUGCGACGUUCAAGUUGCAAAGCUCAAUCGUUACGCGUUCGCGUUGGCAGAAGUGCUCGCGAGAUGUGCGGCGCACAUUCCCGAACUCUCGGAGAUUUUUGUUGCGUUGCUCCGCGACGCGUGUCCCCUCGCGGUGCCGAAAUAUUAUCCAUUCCUAAAGAGUAAGUAUGCGGAAGAAAAAGAAUAUUUCAAAAUAUGUGGAUACGCGCCGAGCGAGGACGACGCGAACGCGUUUGAAAGUUCUGAUUCGUACGCUAAUCGCAUUUCCGGAUACAUGCUCUUGUAUGGAGCGUACGUGCAAGUUUCUCCGGUAGUUGUGCAGAAUCAUCCGCACAGCAUCGACCAAGCCUGGGCUUGGUUUUCUCGCCUGUUGAACAAGUGCCCUCCCAAUCGACAAACAGCGGUUGCUUUGGAAAGUUUCCUAAAACACGCAGGUUACGAGUUCGUGAAAACGUAUAGAAACCAAGGCGUGAAGCUCUUGUUAGUAAUUGCGCAGCAAUGGAUCCCGAAAUUAGAAAGUGCGCGCGAUCCGGACGCGGUUCCUGUCAUUUCUCGUUUGCGGACGUAUCUUAACGAGCGCAAGUUUGAAAUCCUUCCGGAGGGCUCUAAUAUGCCUAAGACGGACACGUCUUCGCUGACGAUUUAG